UAAUAGAUUUGGUGCUGCACUCUCCUACGUAAAUACCGGGAAAAUGUCAAUCCUUUUUUUUGUUUUAUUUGCAGAUUCUUAUUUUACUAUAAUUCUAUAUCAAAUGUCUUCCUCAAGAAAUAAACGUAGAAAAGUUGCCAUUGCAGUUAGUAAUUUCUUGAAUAUCACAAAUGAAUAUCAAGAUGAUAAUGUCCAUUUGGAGAAAUCCAAAAACUUAAACGACCAUUCUGAUUGUUCUGAUUUUGAACCAGUUUCAGAUACUUCAUUGCAUAAAGAAUGUAAUGGAGAUGAAUCUCCAUUACAUUCUUCAUGCAAUGAAGUAUCUACCAGCAGUGAUUCUGGUGGCGAAAAUCCAAGUGAAUUUGAGUUGCAAAUUAAGUUACGUGAUUAUGCGAUUGAAAACAAUAUACCUUAUGCAACAAUGGACAAAUUGUUAUGUAUUUUAAAACCUUAUCAUACUCAAUUACCAAAGUGUUCAAAAACAUUAUUAAAUUCAAAACCUGUAACAAUUAGAAUUGUGACUAAUGGUGAAUUUUUAUAUAUUGGUUUUGAACCUUUUCUUCAAACAUUAAGUGUAUCUAACCCAUCGAUUAUCUGUUUGCAAUUUAAUAUUGAUGGUGUUCCAUUCUUUCACAAUUCUGAAAUAUCAUUUCGGCCAAUUCUAAUAAAAAAAGUUAACGAUUCAUUGUCACCAAAAGUUGUUGCUAUUUUUAGUGGAAGGUAAAAACCAAAUUUACAAGAGUUUUUUUCCCAAUUUAUUACUGAGAUAAAUCAUCUUAAAAGCAAUGGUGUUACAAUUAACUCACACUUGUGCAAUAUUCAUAUAACUAAUAUUGUAUGUGAUGCCCCUGCACGUGCAUUUAUUAAGUGCAUAAAGUAUCAUUCAGGAUAUUCCAGCUGUGACAAGUGCACUGUAGAGGGUGAAUGGCUAAACAAGGUUGUAUUUUUAGAAACAG